CACUGUCAAUGGGACGCGCUGGAGAGCGUCAUUAGAGCUUGAUUCACAAAAAAAGUUUACGCACUUUUAUCUACGGAGCUGGAAUGUAAAGCCUAGGACGUUACUCCACAAAUCACACUCGGGGCCCGAUGGAGUCGCUUCAAUCAGCUGUACAUCGUUUCUUGUUAUGAUAAACAAGUAAUGAACGGCAGAAACACAUCACUAAAAAAUGGAGGGAAUGCUGCAUAAAUGGACGAACUAUAUUAGUGGCUGGCAGCCUCGUUGGUUUGUGCUUGAUGGAGGAACUUUGUCCUACUACGACUCUCAAGAAGAUGCGUGGAAAGGUUGCAAGGGCAGCAUUAAAAUUUCCGUUUGUGAAAUCCAAGUUAAUUCCUCUGACUCUACGCGAGUGGACUUGACCAUACCAGGAGAGCAGUACUUUUACCUACGAGCCAUCAAUGCAGCGGAGAGGCAGAAAUGGCUGGUGGCUCUGGGCUCGGCCAAAGCCUGCCUUACAGACAACCGGACAAGAAGAGAAAAGGAGCUCCAGGAGAACACAGAGGCGUUGAAAACUAAGAUGUCGGAACUCCGAUUGUACUGUGACCUUCUUCUCCAACAAGUACACAAGAUCAAGGAGAGCGAUGAGCUGGGAGACACAGCGGAGACAGGAAUUGACACUGGAAACAUUGUGAAGUCCACAUGCACCACUUUCCUCAAGACUCUGGAGGAAUGCAUGCAGAUAGCAAACCAUACUUUUAGUACAGAUAUCUCAACGCAGACUCCACCAGGAUCUCCUCCUGUAGCCGCUGUCAAACCUCAGAAGAUUAAACCAGUCAAUCAUUUAAAACAGAACCUUGGAGAAAAGUGGAGAGAUUUGGCUGAAAGCUCAGGAGAAGUAAUUGCACAUGACAACCAGAGCCUCGACUCUGGGGCAGAAGGACCAGAUGAGCCAGACAGACCAGAACAGCAUCAUUCCCCAUCAGAUGUCGAUGCCACCGACAAGCAGUCAGUCCAGGAGGAGGUAUCUGAUCCCACUUCAUACACUACCCAGACUGCCCCUGAGUCUGAACACCACCAACAACCAGCAGAGAGGGUGGAGGGAAAUGAAGCAGAUGAUCUAAAGGGGACAAAACGAGAGCAGCUGCAUGAAGGGGACCAAAGUCAAGAAGAGCAUGACAACAGCAAGAGGGAAGUGGACGCCGUCCAGGCUCAGCACCAACACGACGCCGUUCCAGACCAAGAAGAGGCUCAACAUGAAGGCGGAACUUCCGGAGUUUCACCAGAGCCGGAAGACACCGAGCAGGUGGAAACUUUCUUCAGCACAAUGAGUCACAGAUUUAGUGAUAUAAGACUGGACGACGACAAUGGUAUCCCUACACAAGAGUUUUUGGACUCAUGCUAUGCAAUAGUACCUGUAUUAGACAAACUGGGGUCCACAGUGUUCGCCCCAGUUAAGAUGGACUUUGUUGGAAAUAUCAAGAAAAUUCAUCAGAAGCUGAUGUCAGACCCCAACGGCUACCCCACGCUACAGUCCAUCGUGCUGUACGAAGUCCAGACAGAUGUCGCCCGGGUGCGUAACUCUGCCACCGAGGCCCUGCUGUGGCUCGGACGGGGCCUGAAGUUCCUCAAGGAGUUCCUGUCUGAACUCCACGCAGGAGAACAAAACAUCCAGGGAGCUCUGAAUAAUGCCUACGGAAAGACCCUCCGUCAGUACCACGGAUGGGUUGUGCGAGGCGUUUUUGCUUUGGCGCUGAGGGCCGCGCCGUCUUAUCAAGGGUUCGCAGCCGCCUUGGUGUCGAGGCAGGGUGACGAGCUGAAGGGCGGCUUCGCCAGCGGCGUGCACAGGGACCUGGGAGUGUAUCUGCCCGCCAUGGGGGAGCAGCUGGCCAUUCUAGACGCCCUGUAUCUAGAAUACAACUUGGAGUCGGACGAAGUGGUGUGAAACUUGAAGGACAGAAACGAGUGCUGAAGGACGGCGCCAGAUGCAUCGAGUGCUACAAUAUUAGUGUGAGCACGUCCUGUGCCGGUGUGAGGUAUUUUCCAGAGGUUGUAAGUCUCUAACAACAGCACAUCCACUGUUGUCUGGAUGUGAGGAAGGUAUUAAUGUCUGUAUUUAGGACCAAGCACUAACAAUUGAAAUGUUAAGGUAUGAUGAACUAUAGUAAAUGGGUCUUGUUUAAGAGACUCCGACGGUGGUGAAUAACGGUGACAUUUGUUUCUGGCGCACAUUGUGUAUUAAGACAUUAUAUGUACAAGGACGUAACUACGAGGUAUUUGGCUCUAUUAACUGCCCUGGAAGAUCAAUUGGGAUUUCCCUUGAACUGAUUAGAAGGCAGAGACAUUUUUAACCCGGGUUGUCCUGCUUCCUUGGAAUCAUGAAACAAGGUGUUACUUUUUACUAACUAACAUAAAGCAAUUGUUGGACAAUUGUUUCAAUGCCCGAUAUUCAGUCACUGGCCACUUUAUUAGGUACACCUGUUCAAUUGCUUGCUAGCACAACUUGCUGAUGACGUGUAAAUCAUUCAUUCAAACCGAGCAUCAGAAUGGGAAAGACUGUUGGUGCCGGACGGGCUGGUCUGACUGGCUGGUCCGAAACUGCUGAACCACUGGGAUUUUCACGCACAACCAUCUCCAGGGUUUACAGAGGAUGGCCCGAAAAAGAGAAAAUAUCCAGUGAGCGGCAGACGAAAAUGCCUUGUUCAUGUGAGAGGUCGGAGGAGAACGGGCAGACUGGUUUGAGAUGAUGGAAAGGCAACAGUGACUCAAAUGACCUCUCGUCACAACCAAGGAAUGAAGAACACCGUCUUCUCUGAACGCACAACAGGAGGGACCUUGAAGAAGACGACAGCAGCAGAAGACCUCACCGGGUGACACUCCUGUCCGCUCACAGCGGGAAACCGACUACAGUUCAAACAGGCUACGAGCCAAAGCUGAACAAUAUAAGAUUGGAAAAAUGUUUCCUGGUCUGAUGAGUCUCGGUGUUUUCUUGGCACGCUUUGGGCCCCUUAUCGUUUAAAUGCCGCUCCCUUUAUGAGCACAGCGUACCAUCUUCUGGUGGCUACUUCCAGCAGGAUAGUGCGCCGUGUCACGAAGCUCGUAUCAUCUUAAACUGGUUUCUUGAACAUGACAAUGAGUUUACUGCACUCCGAAGGCCUCCACAGUCACCACAUCUCAAUCCAAUAGAGCACCUUUGGGACCUGCAGCAACCGGGUGAUGCUAUCAUGUCAGUAAGGAUCAAACUCUCUGAGGAAUGUUUCCAACACCUCGUUGAAAAGUCUGCCACCAAGAAUUAAGGCAGUUCUGAAGGCAAAAGCAAGGUGUACCUAACAGAGUUGCCGGUGAGUGUAUAUGCCUUUAAGGAUGUGAUGGCAAACAUGGCCAAGGUAAAAAGUUUUGCACUUAUUGAAAUUAGGGGGCAUUACGAUCAAUGUGUUGUUUUUUUUGUUUCCUGAAAUGUUAAUACAACUCCUGCAGGUGGUUUGUGUUUUGAGCUAUUGCUCUAGACUCUAGAGACUUUCCGUGGGACCAAAAGCAGCCGUAAUGGGAGUUGCUUUAGCCUUUGAGGCGCACGACACACAAGAAUGAAGUGACACGGCCUUUGAAAUACCGACAACUGUUGAGUACUUUUGUGGACAUCCUCUGCACAAAGCUAUGCACAGACUGCCUUUUCAAUGUCUAUUUAUUACGUCCUGACUUGUAAAUGUCACAUUGAUGUUAUGGGGUUCAUUGCAUACGAGCUCUUGUGUGGACACUUGUAUCCAUAGAGCAUGUUUAUUGAUUGCAUGGUUAACUAACCAAACUAAUUGGUUAACAUUGGUGCCAAUGCAAACUGUGUACAGGUCAGGGAUGAGAAUUAACCAAGUCAUUGAAUAAUCCUCACAUUUUAUGAUGUCCAUGAAACGUAAACGACGUUUAAGUUUCUUCAUCGUGUCAAUGAGCCAUUCAAAUGAAGCAGGAACAAAUACAUAACACACACCCUACUGUUUUGUGUUCAGGAAUGCACACAGUAAUACUACUUGAUGUAAGAUGGGCUGACUUCCUGUUGCAAAUAAAUCCCAAUUUUAUUCCAUUUUAAUACUGCAAACAUUUGAUUUGGUUUUCUAUGACUGUAUAUAAGAUGCUAUUUGAUUUUUACAUAAUAAAUCAUUAAGUUGUCUUUGUGUGUA